GGGUCGGCGCUGGCCGCGGUGCUGGCCCGGCCCGGCCCGGCCCGGCCCUCACUCCCCUCCCGGGUCAGCUUCCAGCCGUCGGCGGACAUGCAGGGAACCACUGUUCUACACGACACCAUCAGCGCCCGCCCGCAGCCGCUGCCAGCUCGGUACUUCGACACCAAGACCACGGAGCCCAUCAGCUUCUUCUUGUCCGGCCUGGAGGAGCUGCUGGCCUGGCAGCCCAACAGCGACGAUGAGUUCAAUGUGUCAGCCGUGCCUCUGGCCAGGCGGGAGCCCCCGCUCCAGAGCAGGCGGCCCCGCACGCUGGUGUGCCACGACAUGCGUGGUGGCUACCUGGAGGACAGGUUCAUCCAGGGCUCGGCCACACGCAAUCCCUAUGUCUUCUACCACUGGCGCUACAUCGACAUCUUCGUCUACUUCAGCCACCACACCGUGACCAUCCCGCCCGUGGUCUGGACCAACGCAGCGCACCGGAACAGCGUCCCCGUGCUGGGCACGUUCAUCACGGAGUGGACGGACGGGGAGAAGCUGUGCGAGGCGUUCCUGGCCGGCGGCGAGGAGGCGUUCGGCGCGGUGGCCGAGCAGCUGGCCCGCAUUGCCCAGCGCUUCCGCUUCGACGGCUGGCUGGUCAACAUCGAGAACAAGCUGAGCGCGGCAGCCGUGGGCAACCUGCCGCUGUUCCUGCGGGAGCUGACGGCACGGGUGCACAGCGCCGUGCCGGGGGGACUGGUGAUCUGGUAUGACAGCGUGCUGAAGGAUGGCACGCUGAGCUGGCAGAACGAGCUGAACGAUCAGAAUAGGAUGUUCUUUGAUGCCUGUGACGGGCUGUUCACCAACUACAACUGGAAGGAGGAGCAGCUGGAGCGCACGCAGAGGCUGGCGGGUCCACGCCUCAACGACGUCUAUGUCGGUGUUGAUGUCUUUGCCCGUGGGGAUGUGGUUGGUGGUGGCUUCGACACUGGCAAGUCGCUGCGCCUGAUCCGGCAGUUCGGCCUCUCCGCAGCCAUCUUCGCUCCUGGCUGGGUCUACGAGCAGCUGGGGAAGGAAAACUUCCUGCAGAACGAGAACAGGUUCUGGGGCUCGCUGGCCGAGUACCUGCCCACACACAGCAUUUGCACACUGCCCCUCACCACCUCCUUCUGCCUGGGCAUGGGCACCAGCACAUUCCUGGAUGGGAAGGAUGAAGAGUCUGGGCCCUGGUACGACCUGAGCGCGCAGGACAUCCAGCCACUGUACCCCGAGCAGCAGGGCACGCUGAGUGCCAGCUGCUGCCUGCGGGAUGCCUGGAGUGGGGGCAGCUCCCUGCAGCUGCAGGGCACCAUUCCCCCCGGCGAGGAGCGCGUGGCUGUCCGCCUCUUCUCUUUGCAGAUGCCGGCCCCCCCCAAGCUCUUCCUGACCCUGCUCUACAAGCUGGAGGGGCCACAGCCCGAUGACUUUACAGUGGCACUGGAGGUCACCACCUGGGACUCGGGGAUCUGCUUCGAGGGCAACCCCACCUCCCUGCCUGAGCCCAACGGCCGGUACCACCCCCGGUUCCUGCCGGCGCCGCCGCCCUUCCUGGCCAAGCUGCUCGCCGCCUGCCACCGCGGCUCCCACGGCGGGGGGCGCCAGGGCUCCCUGGCACCGUUCCUGCUCUGCCUCCUCCCUCUCAGGUGCUACGAGCUGGAGCUGCAGGACUGCAGCCUACGAGACCUCUCCUUGAUUGUGUCCCGCCAGCAGCCCAGCCUGCAGGAGACCCCCUUCAGCUGCCUGCUCGGGGAGAUCCGGGUGCUGGACACGGCCGGCGUGGCGGCGUCCCUGCCGCAGGUGCACGGCGUGGAGGCCUCGCAGCUCUGGUGGCAGGAGGGCCCCGAGCCCGAGCAGCUCUCGCUCAGCCUCACCCUGCGCUGGUCCUUCCCCCCGGGCCGUGCCCGCUGGGGGGUGGUGGAACCCGUGCUGCGCGACGAGCUGCCCCUGGACCCCGAGCGCUGGGGCCGCCUGGUGCUGGUCUACUCUGCCCCAGGCAACGGCACCGGCUCAGAUGGGCAUUAAACGACUGUGGCGCAGCCCUGCCACGUCUGCUCCGUGUGCUGGGUGGGCUGUGGGCGGGGGGCACGGAGGGAGGCUGCAUUUCAUCACCCUGGGCUGGUGAUGGGCUGCAUUUCAUCACCCUGGGCUGGUGAUGGGCUGCAUUUCAUCACCCUUUCCUCCCACCCCUGUGGUUGUGCUCAGCCCUGACCGUGGGGGCCCACUGGGUGCUGACAAGGACCCUGCACGUGGCUGGCAGGGACCCCCAACAUGUGUGACCCCAGACUGGGGCACCUGCUCUGAGAACCCCACCAGCUCCUGCAGCCCUCACUGUCUCAAGCUGUCUGCCCACGGGCUGGGGGUACUUGCCCUAAGCCCCCGAGAUGCACAGGCCCCUCAGGGCUCAGCCUGGUGGGAGCUGCCAGCACAGGCUCUGCAGCAGCCCCGAGGAGCAGCCCAGCAUGGGUGACCACUGCUCAUUAACGUGGACCCGGCCCAGUGCCGCCAGCCUACGCUGCCUCCCCUGAGCAUCUUGUGAGGAGGAGGGAAAAUUUAUAGCAGCAAUUAUUUUCUCACAGUCUGGUGAGCAAGCAAUUAGCAGGCAGGAGCAGGCAAGCACUCCUGCAGCAGGGUCCCAAGCCCUGUCCCCAAACAAUGCAGGCUCCCCCAGGGACACCAACGCCAGCAGUGGAGCUGCUGCUCCUGGGGUGCUCAGGACCGUGUUACCUGAUGGCCUGAGGAACGAAGGGCUUGGCCCAGCCAGGAGAGGGCUCUUCACCCCCGGCUUGGGGCCCCAAGGGUUCCCCACUGGCCCACAGGCUCUGGCCCCCUUGCCCACUGUAGCAGCCACAGCCCCGUGCCUCCCUCAGCGCAACCAGUCAAAACCUGA